UUCGAUAGCCAUAGCCAACCGAUGAGAUGGCGGCGGAAGAGAAUCAGGAUUCGGAGGUGUUGUACAACGGCCUGACCCGCGGCGACAUCCGCGAAGAUCUCCGCUGGCAAAUUGAAGAGGUAGGCAUGAUGUACCCUGAGUAUGUCAACCACUGGUCUGAUGUUCCGGUUCUGGUCUAAAGGGAAUAUUACCCUGACAUCAAGGACUACUAUGCCCUGAAAGAGUUGGUCAUGGACGAAUUGAAUAAAGUGGACAGCUCCAGCGACGACGAGGAAACUGAGGUUUUUGGUCCUGUUGAUCUCUCAGGCUGUUCUGCUUCAGUUCCUUUCUUCGACAAAUGGCUUCCCGUCCUAGUCUCUGGGACUCCACCUGAACCACGGGCUUGGCAUGGAGCAGCAGUCAUGGGAGAUAAACUGUACAUCUAUGGGGGAAGAAGCUGGGAUGGUCGUUUCCUUGGCGAUCUUCAUGUACUUGAUUUGAACUCUUGGACUUUGCACGAGCUCAUUGGCACUAAUCCGGGAGUGAAAGGGGAUGUGAAAUCAAGUAUUUAUGCCGCCCAUUCAUUGAUAGAUAGCUUGGAAGGAAAGGCUUCUUUUGAUUGUUGGACAUACAAUGGACCCAUCAGAGGAAACCAUCCUGGUGAAAGUGUUUGAUCAGCAGAGUAAUGCCUUUUUGGACUUCAAGACUUCGGGAGAUGCACCGAUCGCGCGAGGAGGCCACUCUGUGAACCUUUUUGGAAAUCGCUUAGUGAUAUUUGGUGGAGAAGAUGCAAGGGAAGAAUGCAGAUUUAAUGAUCUGCAUAGCCUUGAUCUCGUGAGCAGGACAUGGAGCAAACUGGAUGCUCGGGGGCAACCUCCAUCACCCAGAGUCGAUCAUGUUGCUGCAUUACAUAAGGAGCGUUAUCUUCUAAUCUUUGGUGGUUCUCCACACUAUAUCUGGUUUGACGACCUCCAUGUUCUUGAUCUUGAAAAAGAGGAAUGGUCAACACCCGAGUAUACUACGUGUUUUCCUAUAGGACCGUAUGGUCGUGCAGGUGCAACAAUUUGGGAUAGUUGGUUAAUUGUUGGCGGUGGGACUGGCAAGAAGGGAGUUGAUACUUGCAUCCUGAACUUGUGGAAUUAUUUCUUGUCGGUGGUACCAAAUACGGGGCGAAACAUUUCUGCUGGCAUUAUGGGGUGGAGUUUGGUUGUGAGCACUUGUUGUGGUGAAAAUAUUCUGCUAUCAUUUGAAGGAGCUGAGAAGUGCUGCUAUAAGAAUGAUGUGCAUGUCCUUAAACCAAGCCAUUACCUUGUCCCUAAUUUUGAUUUUGAUACCAAUGCAGACUUUGAUCACAGACAAACUCAGAAAACUGAAUGCUCACAUAAAGCGGAGCCAUCGAACGCAGCGUCUGAUAAUCACCAUGCCAAUGAUAUUGAGUAUUUACCCGGCCAGCUGGCAGCCAAGCAGUCAAGAAAUGCCAAACUUGAGAGGGAAAUCAAUAAUCUCAUGCAGAAGAAAUUGGACGAAGCUGAAGCUGCAGGACAGAAAAUGGGCUCUAGUCACAGCAGGGGGUUGGGGAAGAGCAUUAUUCUCAGGUAGGUGUGGUGGUUUACCCAUUUUUCUCUUCCCAAAGAGUCCACUUGUGAAGAGGUUCCAGCUUUGUAACUUGUAAGAUAUGAAGUUAUG